AUGGAAAAAUCUGCUACGCUUAAAAAAUCUGCCGCUACUGCUGCUGCUGCUGCCGACGAUGACGCCUCAUCACCACACUCCGUAAGUGCGGCAAAGCGUCGAAAGCGAACGGACUUGAGUCAAUAUCGCAAUGCGCUUGAAAGUUAUUUCGAGAAUGAUGCUUAUCCAAGUAAUGGAAGAAUUGAUGAGAUUGCAGCAACACUGGGCUUGGAAAUAAAUGUAAUCUCUUCCUUGCUAUUAUUAUUGCUGUUUUAUGUUUAG